AUGGCACAUCAUUGCUGUGUACCGCUUUGCAAAAACGAUGCGCGAUAUGACCGGGAAAAAUUAUUGUCAUUCCACAGCUUUCCAAAAGAUGAAAAACUUCGGAAAGAAUGGACAGUGAAGAUCAGGAGAGAUGAGGGUCCAUUAUUCCGGAUCCGUAAGCAUACAAAAGUAUGUAGUGCCCAUUUUAAAGCAUCUGAUUUCAAACGGACACUCACUGGAAGACGGGAUCUUCGAAAAGGUGCAAUUCCAUCCAUAUUUAAAUGGACUACAAAAUCUCUUGAAAACCACCAGUCAAAGACACACCACAGCUUACAGAACACAAAUCAACAAAAAGUCCAUUCAGAAAGCAAACCCAGCGUUUUUGUUGAAACUCCCACUGAUCCUGAAUACAUACCUACAACUGGUUUCCGGGAACAGGUCUUUCUACUCCUACCACUUCUGUGGAAGGUCAGGAGCUUUCUGCUCCUGUCACCUGUGUGGCUAAAUCAUUUCCUUUCUGCUCCUGCCACCUCUAAAGCUAGUCAGGGUCAUUCUGCUCUGAUGUCUCUGUGGUCAUGUCUACAAUUGAAUGUCUCUCUCACUCUCUUUUACUCUCUCUUUCUCACUCUCUAUCUCUUUCUCACUCUCUCUUUAUUCUUCUUCCACCAGUAA